AGGGAUUACUAACGCUAAUAGCUGAAGACAAAUUGAAACCAAGGUAUCGUUCAGGUGCUAUAGAUUUAAGAAAAUCACGUCCAGUAUCAAAAGGUUCCGAAGUAUACGAUACGAAUCCCAUUCUUUGGCCCCUGAAUGAACCAAUGCCGAAGUUAGAAUCACUUGUACAAUGUUCUGGGGAAGCUUUGUACUGUAAUGAUGUUGUGACUGAAUCAAAUGAAUUGUUCUGUGCGUUUGUUACUGCUGAUGUUUGUGGAGGAGAGAUUGAAAGUAUUGAUGCAAGUGAAGCUUUGAAAUUACCCGGAGUGUUAUCAUUCUAUACUGCAAAAGACAUACCCGGUAAAAAUUCUUUUCUUCCAAAAAAAGUACCAGGAAUUCUGAUCACAGAAGAAAUUCUGUGUGACAAGAAAGUCCAGUAUUACGAUCAACCUAUAGGUAUAAUAGUCGCGGAAUCAGAGAAACUUGCAAAUCGAGCUGCUAGAUUAGUUAAAGCAAAAUACAAGGAUAUUAAAUUUCAGCCAGUACUAACAAUUGCUGAUGCGCUUGCUAGAGAACCUGAUCGUAUUUCAUUAUUAAUGUUCUAUCCGGCAAGAGGUAGAGGUUUAAAUAUAAAAAAGGUUAUCAAAGGAAAACAGAGUAUUUACUGGCAGUAUCAUUAUCACAUGGAGACUCAGACUUGUGUAACGAAGUGCACUGAAGAUGGCAUUGACGUGUAUCCAGCUAGUCAAUGGCCUAAUCAAAUUCACAUUGCUAUUUCUGAAAUGCUUAAGAUAGAACAAAACAGGAUUAAUAUUACAAUACCUCGUUGCGGAGGUUCUUAUGGUGCUAAAAUAACUCGUAACGGACUUGUGGCGUGCGCAUGUGCUCUGGUCACACAUCUUAGACGUCGCGCUUGUCGCUUUGUCAUGAGUAUAGAUGCUAAUAUGAAGGUCAUGGGAAAACGGUUGCCGUACACAUUGGAAUAUGAGAUGGGUGUUGACAAAGCAGGUGAAAUCCAAUACGUGGAAUAUAAGCUUUAUGAAGACCACGGGUACAUUGUUAGUGAUACUGUUACAUUGUUUGGUAUCGCUGCGAUCAAGAACUGCUACAACAACACCAGAUGGCAGUACAAAUUGUAUACUGUCACCACUGAUACUGCUUCCAAUACUUAUGCCAGGUCACCAGGUGCAUUGGAAACUAUAGCCAUGACAGAGCAUUUAAUGGAGAGAAUAUCUUACGAACUAGAUUUAGAUCCAAUACAAGUACGAUUGAAGAAUCUAAAUCCUUUACUAAGCGAUGUUGUAGACAUUGUUAAUACUCUGGUCGAUGAAAGCGAAUACGAGAAACGUAAAGAAGAAAUACUGGUAUUCAAUAAAAAUAAUCGUUGGAAGAAACGAGGUCUAAGAGUUGCUAUGAUGAGUUGGCCAGCUGGAACUAUCAUGGACUAUCAUAUACUUAUCACAGUUUAUCACGGUGAUGGAACUGUAGUUGUAAAACAUGGUGGUAUUGAAAUAGGUCAAGGUAUUAAUACGAAAGUCGCUCAAGCGGUGGCAUAUACACUAAAAAUAUCUAUAAACAAAAUUAAAGUAAAAUCGUAUGACGUAAUAUCCAAUCCAAAUAGUUCUACGACCGGUAGCAGUAGAACAACACAUGCGAUAUGCUUCGGAGCUAUCAAAUGUUGUCAAAUAAUUUUAGAUAGAUUAUCUACAAUACGAGAUACAUUGAAAAAUCCCAUUUGGGAAAUUUUGAUCCAAGCUGCGUUUACAGCUGGUAUUAAUCUUCAAGCUAGUUAUAGAGUAACACCGAACGAUGAAGAAAUUCACAGGUCUGCUGGUGCUGUUGUCACUGAAGUUGAAUUGGAUAUUCUAACAGGAGAACAUGAAAUUUUGAGAGUAGACAUAAUUGAGGAUGUUGGAUUGAGUUUGAAUCCAGAAAUCGACGUUGGUCAGAUUGAAGGAGCGUUUGUUAUGGGCAUUGGUUACUGGACGUGUGAACAACAAAUUUACGAUGAGAAAACCGGAGAAUUACUGACUACUCGUUCUUGGAAUUAUCAUGUGCCGUUAGCUAAGGAUAUACCAAUUGACUUUAGAGUCAAGUUACGAAGAAAUUCCAUCAAUCCUAUAGGCACUUUGGGGGCAAGAGCUGUAGGCGAGCCUCCGAUGUGUCUUGCAGUGAGCGUUGCCUUUGCCUUGCGCGAAGCCAUUGCUGCUUCGCGGGCGGACACUGGCUACUCUAAGAAUGAGUGGUUUGAUAUUGACGGACCUUACACUUUGGAAACGAAUUGUUUGAAGUCAGAUGUUAACCUGGACGAAUUCUUGUUCUACUGA